UUACCAUGGAGAAAGAGGAGGAAGCCCGCUUAGCUGCUAUGCCUGCCUGGAGGAGAGAAAUAAUGAAGAAGAAACUGGAAGACGAAAAGGAGCAAAAAAGACAAGAGGAAGAGAGGACAAAGAAGGAGAAAGAUGAAGCGGAGAAGGAGCAGCUGGAAAAAAUCCGAACCCUCGGGUACGACGAGACAAAACUGGCGCCGUGGCAACGGCAGAUCAUCCUGAAGAAAGGAGACAUAGCGAAGCAUUAGGAAAGCGCUAACAUACUAACAGACACACCUUGCAUCUGUCUAGAUAAAGCAUGCAUACACCUGUGCUGUUCUGUGGCAUAGAGGGAACCACUCGCUCUAUACUACCCCACCCAGGACUCCAUUCACAACGCUGCACACUGCAGUGGCAUCACCAGGUCUAACGAUAUAACAGCCUCUCUCUCUCUCUCUCUCUCUCUCUCUCUCUCUCUCUCUGUCAUAGGUUCACUAUGGAAACUUCCUAAAUAUACAAGAACCUCCUGGAAAUCUCAUCAGGUUAAAUCUUGUUAAAUAAUACAAGAAACAAAUAACAUAUAUAAAUAUAUUUAUAUGUAUAGAAAGCUUCCCACUUUUAACUGUAUCAGUCCCC